AAACGCUCUUAGGUCAUACUUUGUAACUCGUUGUGCGAUCGCACGCUCGAAUUCUUGAUCGCUUUUUCUUUUACUGAAAUUUAAACGUUGUGUGGUUCGAUGCAAGUCUGGGCCGGCUGAGAUCUUCAGGGCUAUUCGUUUCUUCGGUUGCCGUCGGUAUUGGCCUUCGUCAUAGUGGUCGUCCGUCAGUUAUUGUUGUCGCGCAUUGUACAUCGUUGCUCUUGCCGGUCUUUUUAGAACCCAAAGAAAGAAGAAGAAGAAGAAAAAAAACAAAGAGUGUGUGAGCGCGCACUGAGGUGCCACUUGCUGCAAAAAGGGUUUCUGUUUGGUUUUGUUUCUGUUUCUGUUUAUUAUUGUUCUUGUGGGUUACGGACAACCCAAGGGAAUUGGCUUGCACUUGGCAAUCUUUAGUAGUGCAACAGACGCCAGACGAUAAGAAUGCCCCCAGUCAAGUGUGAUGCGUGUGUGUGAGAUUUUUCUAAAGUGAUGAUACGUUAAAAAAAAGGAAAUCUCUUGAAAAUCGCGCCAGAUUGAAUGAGGAGGAAAAUACUAACAACAACAACAAAAAUAAAGAAUAAAUUGAAUUAAGUGAUUAUUUUUUUUAGAGCUGCAAUAUAAAGCUGACAUGUACUAAGGUGUGCUGAAGAAAGUGAAAAUUACUUUGUAAUAAUAAGGAAAAAAAUUCUAUACAUUGUUAACAGCCAAAAAAGUGAAAUGAAUUAAAAAGUUUAUGGAAAAUGGAUACCAGUGUGCAUAAAAUAAAUAAAUACAUGUAUUUACUCCAUAGCAGUGAUUUGGAUUAAGAUUUAUUAGAAAACGAAAAAAGAAAAUUAGUAAUUUUUUUGCUCACUAGUGAAACAAAGUUUAAGCACAGCAUUGGAUAAUAGGAACUUGGGCGUUUCUAAGGCUCAGAUAGUACAUUAACAUAUUUUUCACAGCUCCUUGUAAUUUUUGUUUGAAAUGCCUCCAUUAAGGCAUCUCUUAAUAGAAAUAUCCCAAUAACAAUAAUUGCCACAAAUAAUAAACUUGCCUGCCCUCCAAAAACAACAAAAAAAAGAAACUGUAUGUGCUUGCAUGCAUUUGAAUCUGCUUCCUGCAAUAACGAAUUUAUGAUGAUGUAUCCCGAUAAAUGUCUGGAGAAAACGGGCCUGCACAAUCCAACGCCACACCUGGCAGUGCCCCUAAAUGAGAUGCAUCAUCACCAUGCUGCGGUGCAAUUAGUUCAAGCCGAUGCUAGUGCCAACAAUCAUCAUUUACAAAUUCAUCCACAUCAUGCGCUGCAUGCUGCCGCCGCUGCAGUGCAUCCGAUUCUAACGUCACAUCAACAUCAACACCAGCAGCAGCAGCAACAACAACAGCAGCAGCAGCAUAUUCUGUUGCAACAACAAACAUCAGCCUCUGUACAACAACAACAACAGCAGCAGCAUCAACAGCAUGCGCACCCGCAUGCUCAACAUGCCUCACAGCUGCAACACCACCAUCAACAACAGCAGCAGCAGCAACAACAUGUGGCUGCUGCUCAACAUGCACAUCAACAGCAGCAGCAACAACAACAACAACAGCAGCAGUCACAACAGUCACAAUCUCAUGGACAACAGCAGCAACAACAACAUUCGGCCAUGUUCACAAGGUUCGAUGCCAACAAAUCAACUAAAGGUGCCUCCAAAUUACGACGAGAUUUAAUUAAUGCCGAAAUUGCUAACCUGCGAGAUUUACUGCCACUGCCGCAAUCGACGAGGCAGCGUUUAUCACAGCUGCAACUGAUGGCGCUAGUCUGUGUCUAUGUGAGAAAGGCAAAUUAUUUUCAGCAAGUAUUUAAACGUCAUGACAUUUCCAUGCACCAAGCACCAACGCCAAAUAUAGGAUUUUCAAAGGCUUUAUCUGGGUUCCUAAUGAUGUUGACACAAAAUGGCAAGCUGCUGUAUAUUUCAGAUAAUGCAGCGGAAUAUUUAGGGCAUUCAAUGGAGGACCUACUCAUUCAUGGCGAUUCGGUUUAUGAUAUCAUCGAUAAACAAGAUCAUUCAGCCAUACAGGCCGAACUCAAUCGCAAUGUGCCACCGCAACCUGGGCAACAUAUCAAUUCGGCGGCAGCAGCCGCUGCAGCCAUAUCCAAUCUGGAGGGUGAGCAUCGCAUGUUUCUGUGUCGCAUGAACGUUAGUCGCAAUGCUCGCAGACAAAUGCGUUUUGGAGAUCAAAAGGUUGUACUGGUUCAGGGUCAUUAUUUGUCAUUUCUGCCACUCUGCAGCCGCAAUGAACCCGUAUUCUUGGCCACAUGUACACCGAUUGCCAUGCCCGAGACCAGAGAGUGUGUGGUGCAGGGUGCCACCAAUGUUUUUACCACGAUACACUCCAUGGAUAUGAAAAUAGCGCACAUUGACAAAAAUGGCGAAUUUCAUUUGGGCUAUUCCAGAGGUGACAUUCAGGGUUUGUCCUGGUACGGUCUAAUACAUUCGGACAAUUUGCGAGAGGCUCAAAGUAAACAUAGACUUAUAACUCAGUCAGAACAAGAUCGUUCAUGUAUUCUACUCGUACGAAUGCAGCGACGUCAGGGAGAUUUCAUAUGGGUACAUGUUGUGUUGCAAGUACGUGAUGCCCAGGAUACCAAUCAACAACCAGUCAUUGUUUGCACCAAUCAAGUGUUGAACGAACGUGAAGCUUCUGUAAUGCUGUUAAAUUCCUGGCUGUAUCACUACUACACCGUGCAAUCGAAAAUACAAUUCGGUUUGCCCUAUGAUGGUGGUACCCGGGUGCCAGCCACAGCUCCAGCACCUGGAAAUCCCACCUCGGUUUAUUAUCAUCACCAUCAUAUACAUCAUCACACUCCCACCUCGGCAUUUUCGCCCACCUCUGUGGUGGGUUCGGCCUACUCAAGUCUUCAUCAUCCAACGAAUCAUCAUCAAUAUCAUCCGCAUCAUAUGCCUCCGUAUGGGACUUUUCAUAACUCCAGUGGUGGUGAAGUUUUAAAUGGAACAGCGGCAACAUUGCAGCGUAGCAAUGGCGAAGUGGUCAUGGAUAAUCGAGACCCUGGUGUUACGGUUGCUAAUGGGGAGACAGCAACACAUGCGGUUGGCAAUCGUAAUGGUUUGGUGCUGGAACCCGUAGACUACAGUCAACUGGGAGGUGUUUCCCAGCAAUCAAUUUCUCCCGCCCGCUCUCCUUCCUCCCAAAAAUCCAAUGGUGGUGAUUUACGCUGUGAAAGUGCCAACAGCUCCAUUUCCAGUCAGGUGUCGGCAGCCACCAGCUACACUUUGUCCUGCACCAGUCAUAGUCGCGUAUCGCCUCCACCUGCCGCCAAGAGAAGAGCCUUGGGUAAGCUGGAGCCCAUUUAUGUGCCCGACAACUCACAGGAAGGUAGUCAUUAUGAAAUUUGUGAAUUGGAUCCUGUGUAUCAUCAUCGAACUCCCGAGUCUUCGGCACAUUCUUCGGUGAUAUUUGCCACAGUGGUGCCUACAAGACCUAGACUUUUGAAUAAAUUAUUGCCCCCUGACCCUGCGGACUUUAUGGAUCAAUGGAAUCCCAGUCCUCCUUGGUCGGAAAGUGCCCAAAAAAUGGAUAAUUCAUCAUCGUCUCAGCAAGAACUAAGUCCCUGCAUAACCACCACACCACCAACGCCCACAAGUGCUCCUCCUGCCUUGGGACCCAGCGCUGGGGCUGGGGGUUGCAACAGUAGUGUGGGUACUUUGGGCUCCGCCUUCUCUUUUGAAUGGAUGCCUGAACAAUUGGUGCCGGUAGUGGAUUCAUGUGUUACCUGCCUAAAUUCCGAAGGCUUGCCCACAAUGAUGAUGGGUCAUCCUGGCCAUCAUCAUCAUCAUAGUCCGCAUAAUCCUCAUGCUACUCAUCAUCAUCACCAUCAUCAUGCCCAUCAUAGCCAUUGUCCAGCACCUCCAUGGCCUUCGCAUAUGAUCAGCACGGAUCAUUACAAUCAUCUGUUGAGUACUCAAAAUCAGCCACGUGUUCUUAGUCUAACCGAAUCCAGUCACCAUGAAGCGGCGCAUCAUCAUAAUCAAAUUGAGGGUGGAGUUAUGAAAUGUGAACGUGCCGAGGAAAUCACCAAGACAAAUGAUGCCGAAAAUCAUCACCAUCAUCCCAAGCAUGAGGGUCAUUAGCGAAAUUGGUGUCUAUGUUAUUCUAAAAACAAAGCGGUUCCAGCAAAGUCAUUGGAAAGCUGUACCGCUGCACCCCCACCCUCUACCAUUUACACCACUCAGCCAUAGACUAAAUCUUAGAUUUAGAGCGCUGAGCCAAGCCAACAAUUAGAAAUUGUAAUUUAUUUUCAUAAACUUUUCAUUUUCCUUAUUUUUCUUUUUUUUUAUUUUUGUGUGUUAAUUUUUAUAGUUUGUAAAUUAGCUUUUAAAUGGAAAAAUAGUGCAAUUGUUUUUUAAGAUAUCCCCCUAAACCACUAGCUCCCCGUUAAUACAUCCAAUGUGUAUGGAAAAAAGAAAAUCCAUUUCAGAUAAGUUUCCCCAUUUCCAUUUAGCAAAGAGUACAACAUACGCUAAUUGCUUUAGUCGCACAAAUCAUUUUCUUUAGGUUUUAAUAUUCGUCAUUGGCGCCUUGAAAUCUGGCAUUAGUACUUGGUACUGCGCCAGUUUUGUCUAUAAGAUAUGUAAUGUCUUUUUGUCUAAGUUUAUUUUUUUUAUGUCAUUUUGUAUAUUUUUUUAUGGUAGUUUAGUUAUUUUUACUUUAUGAAAAUUGCAAUAAAAUUUUAAAUUUUAUUUAUUCUUUAAA